GCUAUCCAACGUGGGCUAGUAACGUGCAAUAUAACAGCCUACAUUGUGGAGUUUCGACAGCAAGGCCAGUCAGCAUGGCUUCAAGUAUCAGUUCCGUCCAGUGCCUCUGCACCUUCAUUUACCUAUUUACUUGAAUCCUUGCUGCCGUGGACUUGGUAUGAGUGUAGCGUUGCUGCCUUCACAAGCACAGUCACCCCAGGAAUGGGACCCUUCACCGAUGUUAUUGUUAUCAGAACUUUGCAAGGAGUAUCCAGCGCAGUAUCAUUUUUCAGUUAUUCAUCAAAUGUCACUGUCAUUUUGCUGUCAUGGAAGCCACCUAAAGAUAUUCGAGGUGUCCUGAGUGGAUACAGGGUUGUGUAUGAAGCACUUAAUAAUGCCAACAUGGAAUUGACAACGACAUCCGAGGCAGCAGUUUUACAGAACCUGUUGCCUGACACAGUCUACAACAUCAGUGUGGCAGCUGGAAACGCUGCAGGUUGGGGAGAAGCUCUGGUUGUAUUGAUUCACACAUUGCCAGAUCCCUCAACCAUUUUUGUGCUAAAUGGCACUGAUCUCAUCUACAAUGCCAGUUCCCCCAACAACACUGCUUACCUGCUCAGCCAGAAUGAUAACAGCCACAUCACCAAAAACCUGGCAUCCAUUGUGGCAGGCAGCAUUGUCGGAGCUAUUGCCUUAAUUGUUAUGACAGUUUUUGUUUGCAUCAAAUGUAUAAAGUAUCGACAGAAACAACGACUGACCUAUG